AUGUCAACAUCAAAAAGCACCAAGUCUUCCGUUGACGCUGGUAGCCCUGUUCCCACACAAAAUCAUAGUCCAGACAAGCCAUUCUAUUCACUCGAUGCAUUCUACAGCACACUACUAUCAAGAACGUUCAACACCAAUACAGAGGCCAUUGUUUUCUGCAGAAACUUGUGCUCAAAUCAUGGAUUUACUGUCAAACAGGAGCAAAGUACUCACAAAAAUAUUUAUGUUUAUUGUUCAAGGGAAGGCUUGCCUGAUUCUCAUCGAAAUCCCAAAGUAAAUCCACAGCGAAACAGACAAUCUCAACGAUGCGAAUGUCGAUGGCGUAUUGUGUUAUUCGAAAACAACCAGGAAACUUGGGAGUUUCGUAAAUCGCAGAACGCUGAUGCUUUUAUCCAUAAUCAUCCUCUACUAAAGCCAGACGAAAUAAAGAAAGAAUGGCCUCGAGAAGUAUCCGAAAAGAUAUUCGAACUAGCAAGGCAGCGUCUUCCAACAAACGAGAUACGACAACGAGUCCGUGAACAGUAUCCUGACAUAUCUUGGGACGACCGCAGAUUCUAUAACAGACUUUCAGAAGAACGUCAAAAGAUGAAACAACGUGAUACAGCACUACGAGCAAUUCGUCUUGUCAAUCUUAGUGCUCAAAUUUGCAUGGUCAAUGCUGGAAGCGAAGAUUUAUCACACUAUGUCGAGAACAAGCUACUGUCGCUGCUGGAGGAUACAUGUAAAUUUGCCAAUGUCAACAGCAACUCACUGGCGAUGCCUGUGCCUAUGCCCUUCACGCCGCCAGGAGACCCCAUCACACCCACAACAGCUACAGCAAACGCCUCUUCCUCUUCCUCUUCCACAUCAACAUUCUCUGUACCACAUGAAGAAAUAGACAAUAGAUUAAAAAAGGCUUCCACCAACACCAGCACAACAACAAGCAGCCGCGAUGAAAAGAGCAACAGCAAUAGUCCAACUAGCAGCGGCAGUUAUAAAAGGACUGAAGAAUCCACCGUUCAAGAUACACCAAGGCCAGCUGCUAUCAAUCAGAAAAAGUCUUUUGAAACCAUACCUAAAGGUUAUUUAGCCGUACCAAUUCCAGAACAUGCCCUCCAUGUCAAGAUGUAUAGUCAAAAUUCAGUAGGAGAUAUUAGACGGGCAAUUUUCGAUAUGCAAAGACCAUCAAACCCGAAUCCAAUGCUACAGUAUUCAACACAGCAGCAUCGAGAGCCACGAAGAAGAAGAUCCAGGGCGCUUUUUGCGCCUGAGGAGGACCAUGAUGAAUCAAUGGAUUUAGACACGCCUGCUAGAAAACUGUCUCGUCAAGUUGCUUCCUCGAUCAUGGACGAUGAAUUGGAUGACAUGUCAACUCAAUCGUCGCCAUCAAACUCGCAAACGAUGAUUUUUACACCAUCAGCUACUGCGAGUACACCAAGCGAAAUGCAUAUGGAGCAGCAGCAACAACAGCAUCAUAUAAUACACGCCCAAUAUAACCCGUCAACAACAAACCGUGCCACUGCAUCCUCAUCAUCCACGAACGAUCCCAAUAUGUUUUACGGUAAUGAUGGCUCCAUGUCAGUAGCAGCAGCAGCGGCGGCGGCAGCAGCGGCGGCAGCGGCAGCAGCUCAUGGUAAUAACUACAUCACAUCGCAUCACCCAUCAUCGUUCUCUCCUCAAGUAGACAACGUAUACCCUUCUAUGAAUACAACCAGUAGUGGAAGCAGCAGCAAUAGUAGUCGACAGCAGCAGCAGCCGCAACUACCACAGCACAUCAUGUACGAUCCCAAUGCAUUUAUGAAUCAACCCCACGUAAGAUCAUCAUCUGUUCAUCACCAGCCAGAGCGCCCUCAUUCUGUGACAUUUGGUGCUUCUAUUCCAACGGUGAUGGGGGAUCAAUCUGGCUCUAUUUCUCGCGGCCCUCCCAUUGAGCAGCAGCCUACGGUACGUCCUACCGGAUAUCCUUCAACAUUCUCUCAAUUGCAAAGUAUUAUGGAUGAAAAUGAUGGCAAACAGCGAUAUAGCACGUUCAGAGAUCCUCUUCAACAACCACAUCCUCCUCGACCAUCCUCAGCUACCGGCAUGCCUUCAUCUUCAUCCUCUCAAAUGAUGCAACAGUUUAUGCCUCCUACACCACAACAUCAGCAACCCCAUUCACAAGCAGGCGAGCAGAGUCAUGAUAUGUUUGCAUCCUACCAUCUCGGAAAUCCUCCCCAACAACAGCAAACCAACAUAUUUCCCGCGACUACUUAUAUGACCGACGAGCAACUACUACAGCAGCAACAGCAACAACAACAGCAGCAGCAGCAGCAACAGCAGCAGCAACAGCAGAAAAGAACACGGCAGCAGCAACAAUAUGCAAUUAACUAUCGCCAUCAACAAGAUCAACACAUGUAUCGUAGAGCUAGUGGUCCAAACUAA